AUGUGUCCUGACCAGGCACGGUCCGGGGGUACCUACCUACAGCAGGCACGGUCCGGGGGUACCUACCUACAGCAGGCACGGUCCGGGGGUACCUACCUACAGCAGGCACGGUCCGGGGGUACCACCACAGCAUACGGUCCGGGGUACUCCACCUGCCAGCAGGCCGGUCCGGGGGUACCUACCUACACCAGGGCACGGUCCGGGGGCACCCACCGCUGGCAGGUACGGUCCGGGGGUACCUGGCCUCACACCAGGUACACGGUCCGGGGUACCCCACCUACAGCAGGCAGCACGGUCCAGGGGUACCCCACCUGCCAGCAGGCACGGUCCAGGGGGUACCCACCUACAGCAGGUGGCUGGUCCGGGGGCACCUACCUACAGCAGGCAUCGGUCCGGGGCACCACCUGCCAGCAGGUACGGUCCGGGGGCACCCCACCUACAGCAGGUACGGUCCGGGGCACGCAUCCACAGCAGGCACGGUCCGGGGGGGGUACCACCACAGCAGGCACGGUCCGGGGGUACUACCUACAGCAGGCACGGUCCGGGGGUACCCACCACACCAGGGGUAUCGGUCUGGGGUACCCACCACACAGGCUGGUCCGGGGGUACCCACUCUACAGCAGGCAUGGUCCGGGGCAUCACCUACAGCAGGUAUGGUCCGGGGCCCACCCACAGUGGGUACGGUCCGGGGUACCCACUCUGCCAGCAGGCACGGUCCGGGGGUACCCUACCUGGCCAGCAGGCAGUACGGUCCAGGGGUACUCUACCCACACCAGGCACGGUCCGGGGUACGUACCUACAGCAGGCACGGUCCGGGGUACGUACCUACAGCAGGCACGGUCCGGGGCAUGUACCACAGCAGGCACGGUCCGGGGGGGGUGCCCACUCACAGCAGGCACGAACUGGGGGGGUGGGGCUCUACCUGCCAGCAGGUACGGUCCGGGGGUACCUACCACACCAGGCACGGUCCGGGGGGGUACCACCUGCCACCAGGCACGGUCCGGGGGUACCUACCCACAGCAGGCACGGUCCGGGGUACCUUACCCACAACACCAGGCAGCACGGUCCGGGGGUACGUACCUACAGCAGGCACGGUCCGGGGGUACCUACCUACACCAGGUACGGUCCGGGGGUACCUACCUACAGCAGGCACGGUCCGGGGGUACGUACCUACACCAGGUACGGUCCGGGGGUACGUACCUACAGCAGGCACGGUCCGGGGGUACCUACCUACACCAGGUACGGUCCGGGGGUACGUACCUACCAGGCACGGUCCGGGGUACCUACCUACAGCAGGUACGGUCAGGGGUACCUACCUACAGCAGGUACGGUCAGGGGUACCUACCUACAGCAGGUACGGUCAGGGGUGCCUACCUACAGCAGGCACGGUCAGGGGUACCUACCUACACCAGGCACGGUCAGGGGUACCUACCUACAGCAGGUACGGUCCGGGGUACCACCAGGCACGGUCAGGGGUACCUACCUACACCAGGCACGGUCGGGGGUGCCUACACCAGGCACGGUCGGGGGUACCUACCUACAGCAGGUACGGUCAGGGGUACCUACAGCAGGUACGGUCAGGGGUCACCUACCUGGCAGGUACGGUCAGGGGUACCUACCUACAGCAGGCACGGUCGGGGUACCUACCUACCAGGCACGGUCGGGGUGCCUACCUACACCAGGCACGGUCGGGGGUACCUACCAACAGGUACGGUCAGGGGUACCUACCUACAGCAGGUACGGUCAGGGGUACCUACCUACAGCAGGUACGGUCAGGGGUACCUACCUACACCAGGCACGGUCAGGGGUGCCUACCUACACCAGGCACGGUCUGGGUGCCUACCCUACACCAGGCACGGUCAGGGUACGUACCUACAGCAGGUACGGUCGGUACGUACCUACAGCAGGCACGGUCGGGGUGCGUACCUACAGCAGGCGGUCGGGGUGCGUACCUACAGGCGGUCCGGGGGUACGUACCUACAGCAGGCACGGUCGGGGUACCUACCUACAGCAGGUACGGUCGGGGUACCUACCUACACCAGGCACGGUCGGGGUGCGUACCUACAGGCACGGUCCGGUGCGUACCUACAGCAGGCACGGUCGGGGGUACGUACCUACAGCAGGCACGGUCGGGGUGCCUGCCUGCCUACAGCAGGUACGGUCGGUGCCUACCUACACCAGGCACGGUCAGGGUACCUACCUACAGCAGGUACGGUCGGGGUACCUACCUACAGCAGGCACGGUCAGGGUACGUACCUACAGCAGGUACGGUCCGGGGUGCCUACCUACAGCAGGCACGGUCGGGGGUACGUACCUACACCAGGCACGGUCGGGGGUACCUACCUACACCAGGCACGGUCCGGGGUACCUACCUACAGCAGGUACGGUCGGGGGUACCUACCUACAGCAGGUACGGUCCGGGGUACCUACCUACACCAGGCACGGUCGGGGUACCUACCUACAGCAGGUACGGUCGGGGUACCUACCUACAGCAGGUACGGUCCGGGGUACCUACCUACACCAGGCACGGUCCGGGGUACCUACCUACACAGGCACGGUCGGGGUACCUACCUACAGCAGGUACGGUCAGGGUACCUACCUACAGCAGGUACGGUCCGGGGUACCUACCUACAGCAGGUACGGUCCAGGGGUACCUACCUACAGCAGGUACGGUCAGGGGUACCUACCUACACCAGGCACGGUCGGGGUACCUACCUACAGCAGGUACGGUCAGGGGUACCUACCUACAGCAGGUACGGUCGGUACCUACCUACAGCAGGUACGGUCGGGGUUACCUACCUACACCAGGCACGGUCCGGGGUACCUACCUACAGCAGGUACGGUCGGGGGUACCUACCUACAGCAGGUACGGUCCGGGGUACCUACCUACAGCAGGUACGGUCGGGGUACCUACCUACAGCAGGCACGGUCAGGGGUGCCUACCUACAGCAGGUACGGUCCGGGUACCACCUACAGCAGGUACGGUCAGGGGUACCUACCUCAGGCACGGUCGGGGUGCGUACCUACAGCAGGCACGGUCAGGUGCCUACCUACAGCAGGUACGGUCGGGGUACCACACCACAGCAGGCACGGUCAGGGGUACGUACCUACAGCAGGUACGGUCCGGGGUACCUACCUACAGCAGGCACGGUCGGGGUGCCUACCUACACCAGGCACGGUCGGGUGCCUACCUACACCAGGCACGGUCAGGGGUACGUACCUACAGCAGGUACGGUCGGGUACCUACCUACACCAGGCACGGUCGGGGGUACCUACCUACACCAGGCACGGUCCGGGGUACCUACCUACACCAGGCACGGUCCGGGGUACCUACCUACACCAGGCACGGUCCGGGGUACCUACCACCACCAGGCACGGUCCGGGGUACCUACCUACACCAGGCACGGUCCGGGGGUACCUACCUACACCAGGCACGGUCGGGGUACCUACCUACAGCAGGCACGGUCCAGGGGUACCUACCUACAGCAGGUACGGUCCGGGGGUACCUACCUACAGCAGGCACGGUCAGGGGUGCACCUACCUACAGGCACGGUCAGGGUACCUACCUACACCAGGCACGGUCCGGGGGUACCUACCUACAGCAGGUACGGUCCGGGGUACCUACCUACACCAGGCACGGUCCGGGGUACCUACCUACACCAGGCACGGUCCGGGGUACCUACCUACACCAGGCACGGUCGGUACCUACAGCAGGUACGGUCCGGGGUACCUACCUACAGCAGGUACGGUCAGGGGUACCUACCUACAGCAGGUACGGUCAGGGGUACCUACCUACAGCAGGCACGGUCAGGGUACCUACCUACACCAGGCACGGUCCGGGGUACGUACCUACACCAGGCACGGUCGGGGUACGUACCUACAGGCACGGUCGGGGUGCGUGCCUACACCAGGCACGGUCCGGGGUACGUACCUACCAGGCACGGUCGGGGGUACCUACCUACACCAGGCACGGUCGGGGAUACCUACCUACACCAGGCACGGUCCGGGGUACGUACCUACACCAGGCACGGUCGGGGUACCUACCUACACCAGGCACGGUCGGGGGUACGUACCUACACCAGGCACGGUCCGGGGUACGUACCUACACCAGGCACGGUCGGUACCUACCUACACCAGGCACGGUCGGGGUACGUACCUACACCAGGCACGGUCCGGGGGUACCUACCUACACCAGGCACGGUCGGGGGUACCUACCUACACCAGGCACGGUCCGGGGGUACCUACCUACACCAGGCACGGUCCGGGGCGUAA